UCCUCCUGCAAAACACAAACAGAAAGUUGACAUAUUUUCCAUUUUGCAUCCUGUCUGGAUUAUCAUAUGGCAAGUGAUUGGAAACGUGUAGGGUGUUAUGAAAUUUAAAGUGUAGCAUGAGCAAGCGAGAUUCCGUGCCAGGGCGCCCGCCCCCACCCAAAAGUAACUCCAUGAAGCUCAGUUUUAAAUCUCUUGAGCAGGAAGAAGAAGAUGAGGGUGUUUUGACCUCCAUGACAGGAGAGCUUGACAAAAAAGUUUCAGAAAAUCGUAAAAUUAAUGAAGGGAAUAGAGCCCUUGGACGGACAGCAGAUGGACGCACACUGCCAAAGUCACAACCAGGGCAAAAAGUUAAAGAAGAGGAUAAAAUAUCAAGAUGGAAACAUAACUUGUUAGAGAUAUCAACUGAAGUUCGUAAAAAAGUUUCUGCAAAGUUAGAGGACUUUUCAAAGGAAAUUGCUCCAGAACCAGAGACUGAAACUUUGGCAGGUAAAACCAAACCUGCAAAACAGAGGAGCUUAGACAACUCAGAUUUACCAUCAUUUGUAAAGAAAGAGGAAAAUAACAGUGAGAAAUUCUUUGAUGUUGAAAAAGAGCCAGAUCAUAAAAUUAGAGAAACUGUGGAUGACUUUCAGCUUGUGGAUGAUUAUUACCAGGAACCUGUGGAAGAUUUCAGUGGAGUUCAGACAUUUCCUGACCUCCGUUACCGUAAUCGCACUCUUCAACAGAAAAUUCGACGCACCAAAUCCAAUGUCACAACGGGAACUGUGUCACUCUCAAAUCUAAAGGCCCAAGAGGAGGUAGUGGCUGAAACAAUAGAAAACAUUAGUGCUCAGGAAAAUUCUGCCUUCAUGUAUCAGACUACCAACACAUUAACAGGACCAGCAUCAAAUCAGGGUUCUGCUGUCGAGAGAAAAAAUGAGAGGAGUCUGGUCCCAUGGCGUAAUUUGAUAAUAGGUAUCAGUUGUUUGGUUGUAUAUUGGAUUUUACCCCUCCCCACUUAUUUUUCUGGAGUAAUAUUUGGGGUCCUUAUUUCCUCCCUAUGGUGGAAUCUAUACAUCUGGGUGACACGGCCAUCCCCACCCAAGGAAAAACCAGAAAUGGUCCCUUUAGAAGAACUGCCACCAUUUAUUCUACCAAAUAUGAAAGAGACAAAGUUUAUUGAUGGAGUUUAUAAGGGUUGGAUGAAUGAAAUAGGAGAGUAUGAUCCUUUUAAUCACCAUAUCAACAACACACACCCAGUACAAGUGUUACUGGAGGGGACCACACUAAGAUUACGAAGACCCAAAACCAAUGUCCCACGGAGAGCCAUGUGGGAUGAAGAAAAAAUCAUAGUCAAGGAGUUCAUUCAUCAGAGACAUUUCGAUAUCAAAGGCAGCAGUAUCUCUUUGGUGCCACAAGAGUUGGUGAGCAAAAGGUUUUGGAGUAAGAAGUAUCCAAUUCGUAUUGGGUUUGCCACAGCUGGAAAGAAAAUGAAGCAGCCAGAUGCAGACACUCCGGAUACUGAGGCUGGAUUUGAACUUGUGACAGAGGAAAGGUGUGAUGAAAAUGUUGUGUAUUUAUUUGCCAGAACUUGCCGGGAUAAAGAGGACUGGUUCAAGAGACUUAUUGCAGCAGCUGAAGGAACACCACUCAAGAAUCCCAUCGGACAAAUUCGAAAAUUUUAUGAGUCACCCAAGAACAAAGUUGAGCAAAGAAACAGCACCAGUUCUCAAGGUGACAACCUAUCACAGAAACGUCAAGGUUCAGUGGAUAGUUUAACUCAUAAACGUCAAGGGUCAACAGAUUCUGUAUCCUCUGUUAGCUCAUCACCAACUAGUGAGAAAGAGGAGAUUCUGACUUCAGAACAAGAGAUGGAACUUUUUGUGAGAUACAUGAGUAGACUGAUGCCAGGAGAAAUGUAUGAUAGAUACGCUUCAGUGUAUUCACAGACUCACCCGGUCAUUGAGUGUGAAGAACAGCUGUUAUGGUUGAAUGCUCUCAUUAGUCGGUGCUGCUGGGACUUCCUCAGACUUUCUACCUGGUCGGAAAAAGUCAGGGAGAAACUCCAAAGGAAGCUCGAUACUAUUCAUAUACCUUAUUUCAUCGAAGGAUUAAAUAUCACUGAAGUAGUGCUUGGUAACCAAAUGCCAGUCAUUCGGAAGGCAUCUAGGCCGUUCUUUGAUGAAAAUGGAUUUUGGAUAGACUUGGCGCUGAAUUAUGGAGGCGGUUUUCGGAUGACAAUUGAAACAAAAGCUAAUUUAAUGAAACUGAAAGAUCCAGUAGCUGUUAAAGAGAAAGAAGAAAAAGUCAAAACAAAAAAAUUAGCAAUCACUGAUGAGGAAGCAGAAGACAGUGCAGAAUCAUCAACAGAUGAGGAAGAAGAAAGUGUUGGAGAGGAAGAAGGUGGCAGUGGGAAAGCUGGUCAAAAGUUCAUGCGAUACUUGAAUAAGUUGACUCAAUCAAAAUAUGUCCAGUCAGCCAUGGACUGGAAAUAUGUCAAAAAAGCAAUGGAGGAGGUGUCAAACACUCCCAUAAUCCUCACUGUGGAGGCCCACUUCCUGUCUGGAGAACUGGCCCUGAACAUUCCUUUCCCACCUACAGACAGACUCUGGUAUGGAUUUAGAGGAAAUCCUAAAUUAACCUUAGUAGCAAAACCCAAAGUUGGUGCUAGACAAGUCACUGUAACCCAUAUCACAGACUGGAUUGAGAAAAAACUUUCAGCAGAAUUCCAGAGAACCUUUGUGCUACCUAACAUGGAUGACCUUAUUGUUCCUCUGUUUAAAGUCUACAAUCCCAAGUCAGAAGAUAAAAAUAAUGUUUGACCAGUCUAAACUCUGGCAAAGUGUACUUAGUAUUCAUCAUUGCUGCAUUGAACUUCAGCUUGUCUUCAGGCUUUAGAAUUGGGCUACUGUAUGUAAAGUAAAAAAGGGGGGAGGUAUCAAUGAGGAUAAACAUAUACCUGAGUAUUUUAACCCAUUUUUCUGACCUUGCAACUUAAGAUACAAAAAAAUAUUUUUUUAAAGUCAUUUCAAAGCAAAAGAUACAUUUCAAAAUGGAUUUUCAGAGCGAGCACCUCAAAAACAUUGAUACUGUUGAAUAUGAAGAACUUGCACAUAUGGCUUUUCAUCAGGAAGUACAUGUAUAUACAGUACAUUCAUAAUAAUUUUGAAACCCUGUGAUGUGAGACAUGUAAGAUUCCUGUCUGCUGACAUUUGCUUCCCCACUGCUGUUGCCUACCUCCAGUUCUGCUUGAGUGAUCUUCCCCACUGCUGUUGCCUACCUCUUGUUCUGCUUGGGUGAUCUUCCAUAAAUUUUAAGACUGCAAUAAUACUUUUAUACUGGGCAUAUUGAAAGAAAUAAUUGGCAAGUUAGUUGAUAGGAAGAAAAACCUAUUACAUGGUUAUAAAAUAAAGAGAAAUGUAUUGUUUUUCAGGUUUUUAUGGUACAUAUUUUUUGUUGGUAGACUAAAUACAGAAAUAUCCAAUAUUAGAUAAUGAGAAAUUUUUGCCAGUAGUUUGUCUUUUUUUUUUUUUUUCUCUAUUUUAACUACGCAAUUAAUACACCUGCACAGUUGAACCUCUGUAUCUCAGUCACUGAUGGAAUAGGUUAAGUAGUGAGUUGGUGAUUCCUUUAGUAUUUUACUGGUAAUUUAUUGUUAUUUCUAGCUCUCAAUAUCAACCCAAUCAAGAUAUUGACUGUACAUGAAUGAUGCUAAGGUAGGCAUAUGUUUACUGUAUUAAAAAUUAUUAGGAAAGUUCUUGUAACACUUUUUAUAGACUUGGUAUGCUUGCAUCCCCACCCCAAAAUAUUUUUGAUAUUGUUAUAUACAUUUGCUUUGAAAUUAGUGAAGACCAAUCAUAACUGUGAUACUUUAAGCACUUCAAAUAAAUGAAAACUGCUGAGUACAAAUACUUUUAAUGAAAUAGAUACUAAGUUUUUGAAAGAUGCAAUUUUAGUUUAUAUUUUUCCCAUUAUAUGGCUACCAUAUUGGAGGCCAAUGUUCAUUAUUUAACCAACUUUAAUUAACUUGUUAUACUGUCCAUUGUGGUGUAGGAAAAGUUGUGUCCCCUUAAAUUUAGAAUUUUGUUUUAUAAUGAUUUUUCCAAAAUACAUCUGCUACACAUGUUUAAAUUUGGUAAGACAAAGGAGAAAAAUCACCAGGUUGAUCUCCAAGAUGGCAGCCAUAGGAAAUAACUCAGAGAAAUAUGUCAUAUGAAAACUAUCUUUGUAUGGCAGAAAUUUGAAAUCUUUUGUAAACAGAGGUAAAAAGAUAGCACAGAAGCAUAUACAUAUGAUCCUCUUUGACUCCUCCCCCACUUUAUGGGGUCAGAGAGUUCUGUAUUUAGAAAACAUGGUAUUUAAUGGUGCUUUUGGUACUUCAUUUGAUAUGACUGGGUUCUUUUUUAGUAUUACAUGGACUGUUUUCAGACUUUGCUCAGUGGAUCUUUGAAGUGGCAGAUAGUACUAUGAACUCUAUAAUGUCUUGAAAUUCUCUGGCUUUUGUCUGUAGUUUUUAGCAGUUUCCUCCUACAGUAUUGCUGAAUAAAACCACAUAUGAAUACUUCAUUCAAAAUAGGUAAAUAAGUAGUUGAAUCUUUAAAAUAAUAAUUUUAUGCAAAGAUGUGUCAAGUUAGCAGACUUCCAAUCAUAGACGAUACUGAGGUCAUGAAGUACACUCAAAAUCCCCUCCCUAGAUUUUUUUACUACAUGUAUUUAUCAACAAAUUUGUGUGUGUAGGAGGGGGAGGGGGGAAGACUUGUAUUCUUAUUACAUACUCUGUACUUAUAAAGAAAAAUGGGAUGCACAUCAACUAUUUGUAACCAGUAUUUGCGCAAUAAGCUUGACUGUGUGCUGCUAACACCUGGUGCAUAAAUAUCAUUGUACAAUGUAUAUGUCAAACAAUUCAAGACAUUUUGGUGUUAUUGAUGUUGGUAGCAGUACAGAAGCAAAACUUGCCAAAAUUUGACUUGGGUUUAUGUCCGUUAUCGACAACAAUAUGCUUGGAGCAAAUGAUUUCUUAAAUAGCAUUUACUUAACUUUUUUUCUCAGUAAGUUGCUUUUGCAUAUCUGACAUAUGUUUCAUUAUUCAUUAUUUCAAAGAGUUCUUGAAUAAAGGUGUUUAUCUAGUUUUUUUAAUUUCUAAUGUACACAUAUUAUGGGUGUAUUUAUUUCAUUUUUCAACAAAUGUCUCAUUUCUUGCAAUAGAAUAGAUUCCUCUGUAUACCUGUAGUAACAUGGUUUGCUGUUUUUUCUUUGUUUUGAAAUUGUUAAUUUAUCUUUUAUGUAAUGAAUGCUCUAGUGUGAGAUGGAAGCCAAUGGUGCCAUAUGUUUAUGUAUACUCUUGUUGCUAAUAAAAUAAUUAAGACAUUAA